UGGCUUCAUUCGUCAUCCUGCAUGGUUAUUCCGUCAUUAUGUGUCUUAAGUAUUCUUAGGUGUUAUAGCGAUUACUAGUUUGACAUUAAAAUUAAUCUUGUUUGCUGUCAAACUUAAUUACAAAAACGAGUAAUAGCGAUAUUCCCCUUUAAGUGGCGGAUAUGAGGCGACGAAUACGAAACGCACUUCACUGUCGUUCUCUGUUUUGACUCCGUGUAUGUGUGGCUGCGUAUGUCGCCUCCUCUCCUCCACUAGCUUAACGCUACUUCAUUUCCCACCACUGCCCAUCUCCAGCGCCGGCAGCAGAAUGGCAGCGGCGGCUCCCAACCCGGAGGACUCGGCCAGGAGCAGCGGUAGCAGCGGCACUAGCACACCCAGCGCUCUUGCCGGAGACGGGGACGCGGAAGAGGCCGAGGACUUCACCUCGUCCUCCCACUGCUCGGAGCUGUCACGGCGGCAGAACGAGCAGAGGAAGCAGGGCUUGUUCUGCGACGUGACGCUGGCCUUCAGCAGCGGGGCGGCUAGCGGGAGCGUCCAGAGCUGUGAGUUUUCAGCCCACAGGUCGGUCCUGGCUGCUGCCACCGAUUAUUUCACCCCCUUGCUCGGAGGACAGUUUUCCGAGUCCUUGUCUGGACGGGUAGAGAUGAAGGAAUGGAGCUCAGAGCUGGGGCCGGACCCGGAUACAGUGGAGAGUGUCAUCCAGUAUAUGUACACAGGAGAAAUACGCGUUAGCACCUGCAAUGUACAUGAAGUCCUGGAGCUAGCUGACAGGUUCCUCCUGCUGCAGCUGAAGGAUUUCUGUGGUGAGUUUCUCAAGAAGAAGCUGAGUCUGACCAACUGUGUGGCUGUGCACAGUCUGGCCCACAUGUACACUUUGGACCAGCUGGCUUUACGGGCUGCAGACAUGAUCCGUCGCAACUUCCACAAGGUUAUCCAGGAUGAGGAGUUCUACACGUUGCCCUUUCACCUGGUCCGUGACUGGCUGUCCGAUGCAGAGAUCACAGUGGACUCUGAGGAGGUGUUGUUUGAGGCUGUGGUGAAGUGGGUGCAGAAGAACCCGGAGGAGCGAAGCCGCUACUUUGAGGAGCUGUUCCGGCUCCUGAGGCUGCCGCAGAUCAAGCCCACCUACCUGACCAGGGUGGUGAAAACUGAGCGGCUUGUGGCUGCCAAUGAGGCCUGCCUCCGGCUGGUGUCAGAGGCAGUGGAGGGCCACGCUAUUCGCUUUGAGAACCUCAAGUCAGCUGAUAUGGAGUUCUGGUCGUCUCACAUGGCCUCCUUUCAGCCUCGCUUUGGCCAGAACAUGGACGUUAUCAUGGUAGUAGGUGGUGUGUCAGAGGGUGGGGACUACCUCAGCGAGUGUGUGGGCUACUUCAUUUACGAGGAUCGUUGGGUCAACCUGCCGCAUAUCCACAACCACCUGGAUGGCCAUGCCAUUGCUGUCACAGAGUCCCAUGUCUACGUAGCCGGUUCUAUGGAACCAGGCUUUGCUAAGACAGUGGAACGUUACAAUCCUAAUCGCAACACCUGGGAGCAGGUGAGCAACCUGACCACCCGCAAGCACUCAUUUGGUCUCACCUGUAUUAAGGAUAUACUGUACAGCAUUGGUGGCCAUGGAAACUUCAGUCCAGGUUUCAAAGAUGUCAGUAUAUACGAACCUGAGCAGGACAAGUGGCACAACCUGGAAUCUGCUCCCAAAAUCCUGCGGGAUGUGAAAGCAGUGAGCGUGGAGGACCGCUUUGUGUAUGUCACAGCACGCACACCUGUCGAUACAGAUAAUGAGGAUGGACUAAAGACGGUGACCACUCGCUAUGACACAGAGAGUCGCCAGUGGCAAGAUGUUGACUCCCUGCCCCUUAUUGACAACUAUUGCAUCUUCCAGAUGGCUGUGGCCUCUACUAACUUCUACCACACAGCCUCCUGCUGCCCCAAGAGCUACACGGUGCGGGAUGAGGUUGCCAAGCAAAAGAUCAGUGUGCGCAUCUCUGAUGAGAUCCUGGAGAGCCUGCCACCAGAGGUUACCAGCAUUGAGGGUGCUGCCAUUUGCCACUUCGACGAGGAUGUCUUCAUCAUCGGAGGCUGGAAGAACAGUGAUGAUGUGGACAAGCAGUACCGCAAGGAGGCCUACCGCUACUGUGCUGAGAGGAAACGCUGGAUGCUGCUGCCACCCAUGCCCCAGCCUCGCUGUCGAGCCACUGCCUGCCAUGUCCGCAUCCCUUACCGUUUCCUGUAUGGCUGCCAGCGCUACCCCAUGCCCCAGAACCUGGCCCGCCAGCGAGAUCGCAUGCAGCAAAUGCAGCAGCUUCACCGGCGCACACUCACCUUACGCCGGCAGCUCCAGUCACAAAUAGAGUGCUGAGCAAAUUGGUGUCUGUUUAAUCCAAGAACUACACAGCUCUGUUUGAGGUUACACUGCAAGCAUCUAUUUCAUCGCAGCCAUCUUCAUCGACCCCCACUCACACAUAACAUGCUGCGGGGGGCCUUGUGUUGCUCUCAUACUGGAUUUCAUCAAACUGAACUCUGUGCCAUUGGCUCUCAUGCUGUGUUGUGUUAAUGGCUGAUUUGUUGAAAGCCAUGAAAUGUGUGUGCAGAUGUGUGCUGACCAGCUGGUGGUCUCUGAGGAGGGAUAAGGGGAAUGUAAACAUGUGAAUAAGAGUGUUAUAUAGCAGCCAACAACUGAAUAUCCUUUUGUCAAGUAUGUUGGUAUAGAUGCUGUUUAUCUGUUUGUACAUAAAUAGUAUAAAGCUGUAUAUGUAAACAUUUAUAUGGAUAUUUUACAUUCCUUUAUUGUACGCCUGUACUGGAGAGGCUGUGUGGCAUUACCAAUAGUGGCAUUCCUACAUUCAGUCCAACUCACUUAAAGAAGUCCCAUUCCAUUUUAACACUGUGACAAUCUCUUCAUGCAAAUAGAACAAAUGUCUUAACUCUAACUUAUAUCAUAAUUGCUCUAUUAGAAUGGCUCUGCUUGUUGUUGUGCAGCCUCAACGACUAAAUGUGAAUUAAUUCUGAAAGGCUGUUGAUCUUAAGAUCCUGUAGACUAGUUUGCUUUUAGAUUGCAGUUUCCCUUCAACAGUUGUACUGAGUAUAUUUAAUCAUAAUUUAAUUUUUGUCGCUCAUGUAAGUCAGUAAUUUUUCGUCAGGUUUCUGAAGAGAUGAAAUAAUGAGAGACGUGUUAUGUUGAAAAGAUGUAAUAAAAUGAUUCCUUUGAGUUAGCUUAAGAUUGAAACAUUCUAUCCGGCCACUGCAGUAAGCACCAAUCGCUGGCAACGGCUCAAUCAUUUCUUUCUUUUGCACUUUGGCAGUCUGCUGCUUUGUGUUUUCCCACUCAUUCGAGAAAAAUGCAUUGAAAAUGUAUAUACAUAAAUGUGAGUGCUAGAGUGUGUAUGAUUUGAGUUUGCAGAGCAGAGCUUCUCUACAGCUGCACUUUUUGACAUGCAAUUCUUUAAGUCUUACCUAAACAUAGGGAUUUAAGUUGCCACUGCACUUUGACUUACCUUAUUUGUUUUGUUUCAUAUCAGACAAGGUGAUUGUAUUUUGGAAAUGCUUUGUUUUAGCCAGCAGCUCAGCCAGUUUUGAUCCUUGGAAAAAAAAACCAUGUUCUAAUUAUUUGCAGAUUUGUUCUGUCUUGUUAAACCUUGUGUUACUGUACCUCACUUCCAGCUGGGUGUAUAUGAGAGAUCUGCUAUGUUGUUGUGUGGUCUCCUCUCACCCUCCUAAUGAGAUGAAAAGGAAUCAGAUUUAAAGGCAAAACAAACAGGACUGUUAUACGUAUAUGUUGUGACUGAAAUUCAGAUCCCGCUGUCCAUGCAGCGCUUAUUACAGCGUAAAGGUUACAGAGUGCAGAAGUUAUAUUCAUUUCCACUUUAUGACCAACAUAAAUAGCACUGCAAAUAUUAAGUGGAAUAAGCUAUGUAAUUUGCAUGUGAUUGUCUGACAUUGUGUCCUUAUAUUGGAUGUAAAAUGCUAAUGUCAUCACUUGCAAUUAAAGUUGUUUUGUAA